CACAACGUGAUUAUCGGGAAGCUGUCCUGUAGGCGCCGCGGAUGCUUUACUAAAGCCAAACCGUUUAAAUUGCAGGUCUCCCCCGAGCGGCGUCCAGCGAUUUUGGCGGAACGGCCCGAACGGAGCCUGUGUUGCCUUGGGGGUGGUGAUAGGAGCCGGACCGGCUUGUGAAAGAAGCGAACGGUAUCAGGCGCCUCCAUGGCCGGUGCCGCUGAGGUCCCGCUGGCCCCAAAGUCCGGCGUCCCACGCCGACUGAAUGUGAACGUGGGCGUCCUGGGCCACAUCGACAGCGGGAAGACGGCCUUAGCUCGGGCCCUGAGCACCAUCGGGUCCACCGCUGCCUUCGACCGGGCUCCGCAGAGCCGAGCUCGGGGCAUCACCCUGGACUUGGGCUUCUCCUGCUUGUGUACCGAGUUGCCCCCACAUCUGGGGCCCGAGCCUGGCCAGCUCCAGUUGACCUUGGUGGACUGCCCGGGACACGCCUCCCUGAUCCGCACCAUUAUUGGAGGUGCCCAGAUAAUCGAUCUUAUGAUGCUUGUGAUAGAUAUAACAAAAGGGAUGCAGACUCAGUCAGCAGAGUGCUUAGUGAUUGGGCAGAUCGCAUGUGAAAAGAUGAUAGUGGUUUUGAAUAAAACAGAUCUUCUGCCAGAGAGUAAGCGACAGGCUGCCAUUGAGAAGAUGACCAAGAAAAUGCAAAAGACGUUGGAAAGUACCAAGUUUCAUGGAUGCCCAAUAGUUCCUGUUGCUGCAAAACCUGGUGGACCAGAAGCCCCAGAAACUGUGGUUCCAAUAGGAGUUUCUGAACUAAUUGAGGUGCUGAAAGCAGAGGCUUACUUACCAAAAAGAGACCCAUCAGGGUCUUUCCUCAUGGCUGUUGACCACUGCUUCUCAAUUAAGGGUCAGGGUACUGUAAUGACAGGAACUAUCCUUUCAGGCUCUGUUAGCAUUGGGGACAAUGUGGAAAUUCCAGCCCUGAAGGUUACAAAGAAAGUCAAGUCCAUGCAGAUGUUUCAUACUCCAGUCACCUAUGCAAUGCAGGGUGACAGAGUAGGAAUCUGUGUAACCCAGUUUGACCCCAAACUUUUGGAACGAGGUCUUAUCUGUACACCUGAAUCUCUCCAGACAAUUCACGCUGGUAUCAUCUCUUUAAAGAAAAUCCCAUAUUUCCGAGGUACUCUUCAGACUAAAUCUAAGUUUCAUAUCACAGUUGGUCAUGAAACUGUUAUGGGAAAAGUGAUGUUCUUCACUCCAGCUCCUGCUGACUUCAGCAAUGAACCCAUGGAGAAUAACUUUGAUUUUGAAAAGGAAUACCUGUAUCAAGAAGAAUAUAUUUGCAAGGACUCAAAGUCUUCUGAUGAAAACAAAGAGAAUGACCAAGGUGGAGAAAGACAGCUCCCAAAACAACAAUGGGCUUUGCUUGAAUUUGAAAAACCAGUUACUUGUCCUAAACUGUGUCUUGUAAUUGGCUCAAAGCUAGAUACUGAUAUUCAUGCGAAUGCUUGCAGACUGGCAUUUCAUGGAGUACUACUCCAAGGAAUGGAAGACAAAAAUUACGGAGACACAUUUCUUCCAAAACUCAAAGUUUACAAGCUGAAACACAAAGAGGGGCAAGUGGAACGGCUUUGUGAUGAUUACAGUGUGAUUGGCCGUUCACUGUUCAAGAAAGAGACCAACAUCCAAAUUUUUGUGGGGCUGAAGGUCAAUCUGUCUACAGGAGAGGAAGGCAUAAUUGAAGGUGGUUUUGGACAGAGUGGAAAGUUUAAAAUCCGCAUUCAAG